UCCGGGUCCCUUCGGUAAUAGAAUAGCCGAUGUAAUUUGACACUUCAACUUACUGCUCUCUCUCCGAGUCUAUUCAGUUACUCAGUCCCAUUCUCAGCGGCCGUGUGUGUAUGAGAGAGAGAGAGAGAGUGUGUGUGUGAGGAAGGGAAGAUAUCUGAAACAGAUAAUAAGAGACGAGAAUUAUUACCGAGGACUUUCUGCCCCAGAUCGCACGCCGGAACAAAAAACUUGAAGUGCUGGAGUGUUUCACCUCCUGCAGUGUGGAUGGGUGGGGGGGUUCCUUGUGGUGAAAAAUCAAGGAUUAGAAACAAGACAGAACUCUCCAGUUUAAUGGCUGGCAGAUAGAGGCCAGACGGGGACAAUCAACAUGAACUCGAUUCCGUCGAUGGACAGACACAUUCAGCAGACCAAUGAUCGUCUGCAGUGUAUCAAGCAGCACUUACAAAAUCCAGCAAAUUUCCAAACAGCGGCGACCGAGCUGCUGGACUGGUGCGGAGACCCCCGAGCCUUCCAGCGCCCCUUCGAGCAAAGCCUGAUGGGAUGCCUAACGGUGGUCAGCCGCGUAGCAGCGCAGCAAGGCUUCGACUUGGACCUGGGCUAUCGACUCCUGGCCGUCUGCGCCGCCAACAGGGACAAGUUCACUCCAAAAUCAGCAGCUCUGUUGUCUUCGUGGUGUGAGGAACUGGGACGGCUUCUCCUCCUCCGUCACCAGAAGAACAGGCAGAACGAACCUCCGGGAAAAGUGCCCAUGCAGCCCCCGAUGAGCUCCAUGAAACCAGGCCUCUCGCAUGGAGAUGGUUCUUUCCCCUACGACUCAGUUCCCUGGCAGCAAAACACCAAUCAGCCUCCGGGUUCGGUGUCUGUGGUGACCACCGUCUGGGGCGUGACCAACACGUCACAGAGCCAGGUGUUAGGGAAUCCCAUGGCCAACAACAAUAAUCCCAUGAAUCCUGGGGGUAAUCCUUUGACCUCAGGGAUGUCUGGUAGCAAUCCGGGUAUGAACUCUCCUCAGUUCACUGGUCCACAGCAGCAGUUCCCCAACAAAGGCAACUCAAACCAAGGCUACAUGCAGCAGGGGAUGUAUGGACGACCCAACUACCCUGGAGGUGGAGGUUACGGUGGCAAUUACCCAGGAGGACCAAAUGCUGGACCUGGUGGGAUAGGCAUCCCUCCGAACUCUCGUCCUCCGUCGGAUUUUACCCAACCUGCUGCUGCUGCUGCAGCCGCCGCUGUUGCCGCAGCAGCUGCAACCGCAACUGCCACCGCCACAGCAACUGUAGCGGCCCUGCAGGAGACUCAGAACAAGGACAUGAACCAGUACGGACCGAUGAGUUCCUCUUUCCAGAUGGGACCAAACCAGGCAUACAACAACCAGUUCAUUAAUCAGUCAGGACCCCGAGGUCCUCCAUCUUUACCUGGAAACCUGGGUGCAGGCAUGAAUGCAUCGAACAUGAGUGGGCCUCCAAUGGGAAUGAACCAGCCCAGGGCCCAAGGCAUGGGGCCAUUUGGGGCCCAUGGCCAAAGGAUGCCCCAGCAUGGCUAUGCUGGACCCCGACCUCAAGGCAUGGGUAUGCAGAGCAUGAAAAGACCAUACCCAGGAGAGCCAAACUAUGGUGGGCAACAGUAUGGACCAAACAACCAGUUCCCCAACCAGCAGGGGCAAUAUCCCACCCCCAAUGGCUCGAGACCACUGCCGUCCCCCAGCUACCCUGGGCAGAGGAUGCCAGGACAGCAGCUGCAAGGCCAAUACCCUCCACAUGGCGGUCCCAUGGGCCAGUACUAUAAGCAAGAGCCACCAUUCAAUGGCCAAACAAAUAACUUCUCUGGGAGUGGAUACCAAUAUAACCAGGCUAAUAUGAAUGGGCCUCCUAGACCGGUGGGCAACUACCCACACUCACCAGUGCCGGGUAACCCCACCCCACCAAUGACUCCGGGCAGUAACAUCCCUCCAUACCUGUCGCCAAACCAAGAUGUGAAGCCACCUUUCCCUCCAGACAUCAAACCAAAUAUCACUGCCCUUCCUCCACCUCCAGCCAGCCACAAUGAGGAACUACGACUGACGUUUCCUGUGCGGGACGGGGUUGUGUUAGAGCCCUUCAGGCUGGAACACAACCUGGCUGUGAGCAACCACGUCUUCCACUUACGGCCCUCUGUGCACCAAACGCUGAUGUGGAGGUCAGACCUGGAGCUGCAGUUUAAAUGUUACCACCAUGAAGACCGUCAGAUGAACACUAACUGGCCGGCAUCGGUCCAAGUUAGCGUCAAUGCCACACCGCUCACAAUAGAGCGUGGCGACAACAAAACAUCGCACAAACCGUUGCACUUGAAACAUGUGUGCCAGCCGGGAAGGAACACGAUCCAGAUCACAGUGACCGCCUGCUGCUGUUCGCACCUGUUCGUGCUGCAGCUGGUGCACAGGCCGUCAGUCCGCUCCGUCCUGCAGGGUCUCCUAAAGAAGAGACUGCUGCCCGCAGAGCACUGCAUCACCAAAGUCAAGAGGAACUUCAGCAGCGUGGCAGCGUCAACAGGGAACGCCACGCUCAACGGCGAAGAUGGAGUUGAGCAAACAGCCAUCAAGGUUUCUCUCAAAUGUCCGAUCACUUUCCGACGAAUACAACUUCCAGCAAGGGGGCAUGACUGCAAACAUGUUCAGUGUUUUGAUUUGGAAUCAUAUCUACAACUGAACUGUGAGCGGGGAACGUGGCGAUGUCCAGUAUGCAAUAAAACAGCGUUGUUAGAAGGACUGGAAGUCGACCAGUAUAUGUGGGGAAUACUGAAUGCCAUUCAAAACUCUGAGUUUGAGGAGGUCACAAUUGAUCCAACGUGUAGCUGGCGACCUGUGGCGAUCAAAUCUGACAUCCACAUUAAAGAGGAUCCAGAUGGACCACUGGCGAAGAGGUUUAAGACGAUGAGUCCAAGUCAAAUGACCAUGCCCAACGUGAUGGAUAUGAUCGCUCAACUCGGCCCUGGACCUUCACCGUACCAGUCGAUGCCCUCGGGGCAAGGUAUCAACAGUAGCGAAUAUGGCAGCCAAGGCAGCAAUUACCAAGGACACGGGAACUUUGACUUCCCCCACGGCGCUCCAGGUGGUACGUCAAUGAAUGACUUCAUGCACGGUCCUCAGCUGUCUCACCCACCUGACAUUCCGAAUAGCCUGAUGACACAAGACAAACCCUUGUCCCACAACAUGCCUGACACAAUACCUCAUUCUGCCGGACCUGAGCAGACGCACGGGCCACUGCAGCAGAGCUUACAUCCAUCUCCGCACCCCGGGAGCCAAUCAGGGCAGCAGCUACACCACAGCGGCCCCCCUCAGCCCUCACGGCAAGCACCGCUGCCUCAGCAGCAGCAAGCACAGCAGCAACAGCCCACCGCCAACAACCAUCCCCACACCGACCUGGCCUUCAAUCCCUCCAGCAGUUUGGACAGCCAAGCGGGGUCGGACAUGCCCGAGCCUUCGUUAGAUCUUCUCCCUGAGCUCGCUAACCCAGACGAACUUUUGUCUUAUCUGGAUCCCCCAGACCUCCCCAGCAAUAGCAACGAUGACCUUCUGUCUCUCUUUGAAAACAACUGAGAGGCUUUCAGACACCCACACACAUAAACUUUUACCGAUCGCCUGAAGCUUCCCUGAGAAACCGUGGCACUCAGUACUUGAUCAACACAAAGAUGCACUCCCUUUCUCUUCUUCCUCUUGUACAAUUUACAUUCGCCAGCGCAGAUUGACUGCAAAGAAUCUCAAAGAAACUCAAAAGACACGGCAGGAUUUGGUGGAGCUGCCACGCCCCUCCACGUCCUGUGGUGACACCCUUGACUGUGCAGCUAUAGUUGAUUUUAUUUUUACACCACACACAUGUACGUGUGCUCACUAGUAACAUGUUGUAGCAUUUUUAAAAUACUUUUCUUUGUUUUCUUUUGAAGCUAAAAAAAAAAAUGAACUCAUUGUAUAAAGCAGAAAAAAUAACUGAAAAAAAAAACUGUGCUCUCUGGCCAGUGUGUGUUAUGUUUUGUAGUCUGAGAGGCCACAACUUCCUGGUGUCACUGCUCCAUUCCCUGACUGGUCUGGUUAGUCGCACUGUUUUGUCCAUUACCUAAAAGCACAAGAAAUUUUAGCACUGCAAAAAACGACACAAAACAACAACAAAAAAAACAUCCUUACAAUAAGGAAUGAGAUCAGUUUUCUAUACAUUUGCUGCCAGCGUUUUAAAAAGAUUUUUGAAUUUUUGAAAGAGAUUGGCUUCCAUUUUGUCUACAAUUGUGCUGUGUAUUUAUUUCAGUCUGUGAAGUCUGACUGAGGUAGGGAGCAUUUGAAGCCUACAAUAACAGAAAGUAUGUACUUGAUGCCUGGUCAUGAUGCCUCUUUUACAAAUGACUGAUUUGUUUCUUAAAAGAAAAACAAUAGAUAAAAAGAAAGAUUGAAGUUCCUGCCAUGUUAUCUGCUUCCAUCUGCUCUGCAUGAGCCUUAUUUUCUGUAUUUUUGUAUCAUUUCACCUCUCCUUAAAUAAUGUGCUGUUGAGGUAGUCUUCAAAGUGCAUGUGUGCCAAGCCCUUUGUCAAAUAGUGUUUUUUCUCUUUGUCAAAUUUGUUUUGAUUUUAUUUAACACUAACAUUGAAGGUAUCAGUGGUACAUCUGUCAUGUAUCUGCUGGUUGUUCUUUAUUUUUAUUUUCCCUUGCUGCUGCAUAAUUACGCUGUCCAUCGUUAUUUUUGAGAAACUGCUCACCAAAGCUAGAGGGAUGAGAAUGAGAAUGUUUGUGUUUGCUCGGUCCUGUGUAAGGCUGUGUGUGCAUGGGUGCGUCUCGAUAAGUUAGAAUAUCAUUUGGAUGUAUUUCAGUAAUUCAUUUCAAAAUGUGAUUUAUUCUACAGUUUCAUUACAUACAGGGUACUUUAGGCAUUUAUUUUUCAUGUUUUUGAAUGAUGAAAAUCCCAAAUUAGAUUUCACAGACAUGGAAUAAAGACAUGUGGUGACUACAAAGGUCACAUUCCCAGCAGAAGUCAUGAUGGCAGGUCCAACUCAUUUCAAAGAAUCUUAGCUUGGCUUUUUUUCCAAAUGGUUUUUAUGCUGUCUUUUAAUUUUGGCCUCAUUUAUAAACUAUGACUUGUUGUUUGUUGGCAUGUAAUCUUUGUUCUGUAUCUUUAUAGAAGCUUUACAUCUAUGCAGUUUUCUUGUGUUACAAGCAUUAAUUUUAAAUAUAUUAAUGGAAAGUUUUGUGGAAGGAUAAAGUCUGGUGGGAGAAAAAUGAAUCGUAUAAUAAAUUAGUUUUAUUUUUUAAGUUGAAUUACUAAAAUACAACAACUUCUUAAAAUAAUAUAAUGUAUAGAGACGCACAUGUAUGUUUGUGAGACUGUGUGUGCGUGUAUGUGUGUGUGUUUGUGCACAGGUGAUGGCGAGACAAGCAAUGGUUUCUUCCAUCACUGCUGUGAUUUUCAAAGCAGUAUUGGUGUAAACCUUUUUCGUUGUUGUUUUUUGAUGUCAUGUUGUUCGAGAAGAGUUGCUUUUCAGUAUGCAAAUGUAUUAUUUUUUAAUAAAUGCUAUUGUACUGUAAAUAUCAUUAUGUAUAUUUUUGUAUCAUCUUGAUAAUGUUUGUCGUCGUCCGACCUAACCGCACGCGCUCCCCAUCAGAGCACCAAACUUCUUCAGCAGUUUUAAACAUCUCAUAAGCUACACCCUAAUGCACGUCGUUCUCGUUUUCCGCCUUUGUGCUCACCUUCCCUGUGUCAGCUUGAGGUUGUUCUGCUCCAUUUUUUUCCAUGUUCUCAGAUGUCAAACUCACACUGAAGCAAUACUUUCUUUUCACACUUUGAUCCUAACUGAUCUCCGCUUCCUGCUAAUGAAUUUUAGGUUAACAUUUGUUCAAUGAUAGUGAUUUUAAAACAAAAGAGAUGUGAUAUCAGCUGGCAUUCAGUGUAAUUAUUGAUCUAUGUGAAUAUCAUGUUCCUAAAUGUCAAUACAUGGUGGUAUUUUAAAGAUAUAUCACAACCAUAUUUUAAAGAAAUUCAUGAUAUUGUUUAUAUUUUUGUUAUAGAAAAAUGUGGCUUUUUUAAAAAAAAAAAGCAUGAGACCAUUUACAUUUGUAUCCCCCUUUUGUUUGUUUUUUGUUUCUCUUUGGUAAAUUAUUUUGUACUGGUUUUAUUAUUAAUCUGUAAGGCUAGAAAUCCAAUUUCUUUCAGCUUGAUUUGAAUUUAACAUUUUUUAAAAUUCUAUCCAUUUCAGCUCUGAGAGCAUUGGCAUGUUUCAUUUCCAAACAAUAAUGAGACACAAAAUUAUUAUUAUUAUUAUUAUUUUAAUGUAUGAAUCAAUCUGAUAAAUAUUUGUCGUCACCUCAUAAUUUCUUCUUACUUUCAAGUGAGUCAGUUCAGCAUUGUAGGCAGCAGGCCAAGUGUGCAGUUCCGCAAUCACAUUAAAGGGCCAUUUCUUUUGGGGGAUGUUGUUAAGAAAAGAAAUGUAUAAAAAGGAAAAUAUAAAUAAGAAGGAAAAAAAAACGAGCGGAAAGGGGCACGUUCACAAAUCUGGCCUUGAAAGGAUGCAGAGGGCAAGGCUUGUUAAAUGUCCCAAGGAUGUCUGUAUAUAUGUAAAUUAACAUAGAGACAAGUGAACAGAAAUGUAUUCAUUUUCCUUUGGGAAUGUGCAUUGUUUCUUCUGAAUAAUAUUAAUAAUGAUAAUAAUAAUAAUAAAAAAAGCUUGCAACACCUCUACUGGAAGUGGCUGACUAUGGAAAAUCAAACAUGUUAGUUUGUGUCUGUGGGUUAACUUUGCCCCCCUUACUUUGUAAUAUACUUUCACCCUUUUCUGUUUGGGGGAACUGGAACAGCUAAGUUCUAAAUGUACUAUUUAGCCCAAGUGUUCUAGUUUCACAGGCAUACUCUGAGGUGCUAAAGCUAAAAAAAACCAACCAGAAUAAGGUUACAAACACAAACAGAAAAGCCACUCAGCAGUGCAGAAUAAUGGUGAUGAAAAGAAUGGGUCCUGAAGAUUGUACCCAAAAUCCAUAAUUUAUAUAUAAAAAAAAAUUGAUAUCAUGAAGAUUUGGAAAAUGACAACAAUCUAAGGUGAUUCAUGCAAUGUGGCCAUUGUCUCUAUGUUUGUACAUUGUAUGUACAAUCAUUUCAUACUCCAAACUGGUCAGAAAAUAAAGGAACUAAUUGUGAUUUUUAGUCUUGCAGAACUGUAUGUAGUUAGAUGAUGUGACAGCCUAAUAUUUAUCUAAUAAAUAUGUAUUCAAAUGA